AUGGCAUUGCUGCAAUCACAUAUUGCAAAUAGCAAUUUGCUUCAAGCAUUUCAUUCAAUAGUCUACAUAGAUACUUAUGUAGAUAUCCGACAUAGAACUCCACAAAUCAUGACACACAAAACGCAUGGAAUGAUAAUAAAUUAUUGUGUACGAAGCGAUAUCGAGUGGAAAGAAGCAGAUGAAGAAGAAGAACUAACACAGGAUAUCGUUCCCUAA